AAUUUUCGAUCCGUCAACCCAUCCUCUGGCAUCUUGUUUUCCGGUGCAGCAAAGGACGAGAUGACAGUCCAAUCAUCUACUACCCCCCGCCCAGGCACAGCCCCUCAAUCCAUUCCGCCUCCGCAGCACCAGACAAUGGAUGAUGCAACCACUCCCACUCGGGCCACCUUUGGCAGCAACGCAAUGGCUCACCAGAAGCCGCUGCCGAACUCAUCAUUUCCCGAGGAUGCCAAGGUACCCGAAGACACCGCCGACAAGAAGGGUCAUAAGCGAAACAACUCUCAAAACUCGAAACGAUCGAGGGACUCGGCCGAGAUGAUGGAUGUAGACGAGUCCGAUAACGACACCGCAGGCGAGGAGUCGGACGGAGAGGGCAGCGUCAACGCCGAUGGGACACGGUCGAGCAAGAAGAAGAAGGGCAACCAGCGCUUCUAUUGCAGAGACUACCCCCCGUGCACCCUGAGCUUCACCCGAAGCGAGCAUCUUGCAAGGCAUAUCAGGAAACACACUGGCGAGCGUCCAUUUCAAUGCCACUGUCAACGUCGAUUUUCCCGCCUCGACAACCUUAGACAGCAUGCCCAGACUGUUCAUGUCAACGAGGACAUCCCUUACGACUCCCUUGCCGCGACCGGCACGAGAUAUCAAAGGCAGAUCCGGACGGACAGGGUGCAGCGUGGCGGUCGAGCCAGAGCGUCGACAGCCAGCAGCGUGGGUGCGCCUCCUCGCGGCCACUCCAAGUCGCUCUCUACCUCGAGUAUCGCCAGCAUCAGCUCGCUGGGCUCGGCCUACGGCACCAGAGAUGACAUCCGAAGACGACCACCACCACUGGUCAUGGCCGACCCGAAUGCUCGUCUGUCCGCUGAAUCCUACCGCAGUGUCGGUUCCACACAAUUCCCCUACCGCCAGACAUCCCCAAGUGACUACAGCACCCCGACAUCUGCAACCUUCUCCACUGGUCAGAGCAGUCCGCGCUGGGGUUCUGUUGUUGGCUCGCCAGUGACGUCGUACUCACGCCAUGCCAUGUAUCCAUCCGGGUCCCGCACGCCCGGCCGAAGGCUGAGCGUGCCCUCCGGCGGCAAUCCCUUCCAGUCGCCCCUUGGGCCUGGCGGUCUUGGACGACCCAUCUUCGGGCCUGGACCCCUGAACACUUCCAACUCUGCUGCGCUUUCCUCACCUGUCGGUAGCUACCUCGGCUCCCCUACCACGUCGGCAGGUGGCUGGUCACGACGGGAGUCCAUCUCCAGCACUGCCGAAGAGGCCUGGCGCAGGAGGACCUGGCAUCCCGACAGCAGCAACUUCACCGCACCUGGGAGUCGGUUAAGCCAGGUCAUCACAUCGUCCCAGCUCAACGCAGGUCCUGAGCCGCUGCCUGCGAUGAGCAGCAACGCACCUCAGCAGCACCAGCAGCCACAGCAGCAGCAACAGACCGUGCGCCUGCCCGGCAUCGACUCAUUACUCCCGCGACCUGGCCAACCGCUGGCCGUCCCCUCGAGGGGUUCUUCUCCCAUGAUGAUCGACCGCUCCCACGGGCCGCCGCUGCUCCCGUCUGCUAACAUCUCGGACGAACGGCGCAACAUGCCGCAGUGGGACAUGGGCUUGCACCGCGGUCUCACCCGGCUGGACAUUAACAACAACACCACCCCACCUCCUGCCAGGGAUGGUGCCGGAGUCUGGGCCAGUGAGGUUCGCCAGGCCAUGGACCGUGUCGAGCAGCCUCGACAGUACCAGCCCACUGUCCGCUUCGAGCCUGAGCCCCAGAUCGUCCACCCACCGCGGCAGCAGCCACCGCCGCCAACGGCCUCCCAUAUCCCACCCAGUGGGCCAUCUCGCAGUCAUCAACACACAAUGUCAGCGCCCCUGGUUUCGACGAAUCGAGAGAUCAAGCGGCACGGAUGGUACAAUGGCCCCGUCACCGUUCACGAGGACAGAGUCCUCGAAGCACGGCCUCACGUUGACCGCCUUGAGCACCCGAAUCUGCAUGCUUUCACCGGGUUCCCCGCCCGUGGGGGGGACUCGGAUCGCCGCCCGGCAGACAACCCUGAUUCGAGGCGCUUCGACGCCCUCGUUGCCGUCGCGACUGGCGAGUCGACUGCCACGGCGUGCUAGGAGGCCCGUCGAGUCUUGUGUGGACACCAGCAGAGCGCCCUGGCCCCGAGCUUUCUUGAUGCACAUAUAUGAUCACAGGAGGAGUUAUAAAAAAUCCUUCUUCACUACACGAAAUGAAAAGUGACGACCUUAUGACGACGACCGUUUUAUUUUGACUGCUCAACAACAAUCCACAAGAGUUCUCAACAUGCAUCGGGUCGGCCAAUUCUGAUAAACGACACUCGUUACGAGUUCUUGUUUUUUUCAUCAUUCAUGUUCUUCCGCCUUUUGUUUUGGGUGGACGAUACUGUUAUUGUUUUGUUUUUUGAUACCAGGUCGGCAGUCUGAUUCUCAUUUUGACUUUACUCCGGGUUUGCUAGGCGUUCUUUGAGGUGACGCUCUCUCGUCUUGCGUUUGUCACGGUGGCUUCUUAUUUUCUCCUUUCUUUCUCCCUUGGGUUGGCUCGCAUGCUGUCUGCUGUUUAGCGUUGAUUUUGCAUUGUCUGUCUUCGUUGCAAUACGGUUUCUUUUACUUCCUCUCUUUUCUUUCUGGAUCGGCAGCACACAUUCUACUACGCUAUGAGGUUCGGUACAGUCUCCUAUUGGAUUGAUUCCCAUUGUUUUUCAUGUGCUCCUUGCUGGUUUGGACAGUCCGGAUGGAAAAUACACGAGGCCUCCCGCGUCGAUGCAUGAAAAUAUAGAUGAGACACGCUUUCUUUUUUCCCUUUGCUCUGCGCAGUUCCCCAACUAUUCCAUUACGGUCGAGGUCGGUUGCGCACAGUCCCGCUCUUCGCUUUCAUGCAAGGAGAAAGAGGAGGUAAUGGCGCGGUGCAGUGGUGGAUUGGCAGGCACUCCUGGCUGUUCUUCAGAUGAUACCCCAACCUUUUUUUUGGAAUCUCAGGAAGGGAGGUCUUCUUGACCCAUCAUGAAAGAAUAGGGGACAGGGUAGUCUGGUUGUUUUUCCUUUAUUUUGGUCAACGGCGGUGAGCGACUCUGAUUUUUUCUGGUUUCGGGGGCUCGGCUCUACUAUUUUGUCUGGUCUGAUGGGAUGGAUUUGAUACCCACAGAAUAGUCUUCCUUCUUACCUUCAAAUCUCACUUAUCAACACG